AAUGAAUUUUGAUAAUACGGCGAAACGAUUUGUGCCACCAAUGAUAGUCAUAAAUCAAGAUAGAAAAGUAAAAAUCGAUUUCUGUAAAUAAUUUAGAAUAAAAUUAUCAUCAAUAUAAUGGCAAAUAGAAGUGAAGGUAAUCAAAAAGUCAACCCAGUAAAAGUACCCCUAGAAACUGACCAAGGUAUUAUAGAAAGCGAAGAACGUAAAUGGGGAUUGCCAUUGAGAGAAGUUUAUAAACAUGGACUCUCUUUUUAUAAAGAUAAAGAGGGAAAGGCCAUUCACCUUAGUUAUGAAGAUAGAUUGAAGUUGGUUGCAUACACUCAACAAGCAGCACAUGGACCUUUAGAUGUAAACUCAGCACCACCUCUUGGAGUGCUUGAUGUUAUAGGGAGGGAUAGAAGAUCAGCAUGGCAAGCCCUAGGUCAAAUGUCUCAGGUCCAAGCUAUGGCAGGAUUUAUACAUACUCUAGAUAGGUUAUGUCCUAUGUUUAAGCCAUUUUUAGAAGCAAUUCAAAAGGAUGUUGAAGAUAAAAAGCAGAGAGAAUUAAAGAAAACAGAAGAUGAAAAAGCGCAUAUGGAAUUGCAGAAUAGAAUAAUGUUAGAAAAACAAAAACAAGAAAGUUCUAAAUUAUCAGAAGAACAGCAAGUGCAAAGAAUUAAAGAUGCACUGAAUGCACAAACCUAUGACCAGUUUCUUCAGUAUGCACAACAGCAGUUUCCAGGCAACUUUGAUCAGCAAGCAAUACUUAUUAGACAAUUGCAAGAUCAACACUACCAACAGUAUAUACAGCAACUGGCAGUGGAUCAACGUCUUGCUAAUUCUAACCUAAACUAUAAAGAAGAGUCUGAUAAUGAUGAACAAAUUGAAAAAGAGGAUUGCACAAAAGAUCAUAUAUUGAAUGACAGUGAUGAGGGUCUCACAGAUAAUAAAUCCUUACAGACAUCUGAGAAGAACGAAAUGGAGUACAAUGAAGAAUCCCGAGAAGACGCAGAAGACGAAGAUGAAGAAACUGAUGGUGAUGGAGUAGAGGAGGCCCGUAUGUGGACGCGUGAAGAUAUAGUGCAGUUUAAAGAAUCAGCGCGAGCAGGUGGGGGCAUGCUCACUGUGGGUCAUGGUGAGACUGUCACUAUCAGGGUGCCGACGCACCAGCGUGCACGUUGCAUAUGCUGGGAAUUCGCCACUGACAACUAUGAUAUAGGUUUUGGACUUUUCUUUGAAUGGAGCAAAUCACCAACAUCAGAAGUGACAGUGCAUGUAGCUGAGAGUGAUGAUGAGGAUGAUGCAGAUGAUGAUACAUAUGAUGAAGAAUACACAAUUUAUGGUAAUACUGACCCAGAAGUAGGCGGUGAGAGGCGCGUGCUCAACAGUCAUCGGCCGAUGGUCAACCUCGUCGUGCCAAUAUAUAGGCGAGACUGCCACAUGGAGGUGUAUGCUGGAUCUCAUACUUAUCCCGGAGAGGGCGUAUAUUUAUUAAAAUUCGAUAAUACGUACAGUUUAUGGCGAUCUAAAACUUUAUAUUAUAAAGUCUACUACACACAGUAAUUCAAUGUUAUUUUAUAUACUAAAUACAUGAUAUAUAAUAUAAUAAUAAU